AUGCCGCGCCGCUCGUGGAUCAACGCGGCGGACCCGCAGACGGCAGACUGGCGGAUCCUGCAGCCCUACUGGGCUAGGGGGAGACAGGUGUGCCUCACCAAAGCAUCGCGCGCGGACUUACUGCAGUACAUGGUCGAUUGUAAUUUUGGGCCGAUUCCAUCGCCGGUGGGGACGAUGUCGACAAUUCGGAUGUCAAAGCAAGAGCGGGAGCGGGAGAGAUCGCUGACGCCGUUGUUGUCGAAGAUGGACAUGGAAAUGGAGUCGGAGUCAGCGGCAGCAUCGCUAGGCCUAUUGCUCCCUACGCCUCCUCCCUCACCAACACCGACACGGACACCGGGUCGAGACUUGCCCACGUACGCCAACGUCUACAACAUCACCAGCUCUUCGAGAGUAACACAGAACACACCUCCCCCCAACCUCAGCCAGUCGACCCAGACGAUCAGCUAUCCGCAUACACCUCAACCUCCAUCUCCAUCCAGAUAUGUACCAUUCACUACACCCUCGCCUCUACCCACCUCUCGCGCGGCUCCAUAUCCACCUCAAAAGCGCCUCCAGAGCCACGUGGUAUCGUUCCAUCCCAUGCCCAUGCCGGGCGCAUACCCAGAGCCAACAUCCACCGCGACUCGCACGAUUCGAGGAGAUACGCAACCCGUUCGCGCGACGAGAUACGACCAACCCUCCUACUACUACAACUACGGGACAUCGUACGACAGUGAAUCGUUACUCUCGACAACACGCAUGACGAGAGCGCCAACGAGGUCGCGGGCACGAUCCCAGCAGUCACUCGGUGGCAACCCACGUGCUUUCAUCUGCUGGUUCUUCUUCUUCCUGCUCUUGGUGGCCACCGGUAUGUGCUGGUACUGGUCCUGGUACUGGUAG